AUGUCAAGCGUUUAUUUCAGUCCCGAGCCAGCUGAACUUAGGGUCUUGGGUCUUUCUCAGUAUGAGAUCUACCUCCUGUCUCGCUUGAUCCAGACUCUUCGACUCGGAGUAUACAUGAACAAUAAGAUAAACGACUCAAAGCUUCAUCUCGACAAUACAAAUGCGCUUGCAGCGGAUUGCGAAGCAUACAUCAAAUCAGCUUUCUCUUCCCACAUGCUGUCAGACAGACUAUCCCCACUUCGACAUACCGGUUCCUCAAUGCGAUUCAUCUUGAAGCACUUCCUUAUUCACGAAGAUCCAUCCCAGCUCAAGAAUCACAACAUAUUUCAGCUUUGCGUAAGGAGAACAUUCGAGUUUGGAAACCAGCAGCAUCUAGAAGAGGCAUAUUUUGAUGAAGAGGAGGGACCCGACCUCCAGAAUCUGGCUUCCGUCAUUCAACUGUGGGGAAACGGCGAGUUUAAGCUUCCAAUUCCGGCAUACGGAAAGUUGCAGAUCACCAAGGCAAAGAUUCCAAUUAUGCUGUCUUCCCUGUGGGAACUGUGGGAAGGGAUGUCGUCAAAAUUAAAUUCAAAGUCUAACCUACCCACAUUCGAAGCACUCCACGAACGCCUUCUUAGCAAGAAGAUACCUGCCAUCCCACCACACGGCCUGAUAGCCUGGCUUCUCACCAGUGAUUUCUUCGAGUACGGUCUCUGUCAGCGACCUACCAUACAAGAUCUCGCAGAGCACAUCAUGAAGAGUGGCACAUCCGGACCAAGAGGUGCUCUCAGAAUAGCAGCAGAGGAGACGAAUCAGCCUGCUCCAAAAACUUCGGCGGAACUUGCUCAUGUACUCACCCGAGUAUUCGCAACCCUUGAGAGUCCCGCUGAGAAUAUGUCGACAAUCAGACAGGUCGUCGUGGAUUGUGAGGAGAUCCAGAGAAGGAAUCUGACGGUGGUUGAUCUGGAGCAUGCAUUGUGCAAAAUGGCUAGGCAGAUUACGAGAGCAAAGGCUGGAAAUAGGAAGAAUGCGGUAUUGAAGGGUAAGGGUCGAUAGACAAGCGGAGAGGAAGUGAAAGAUAAGCUGGCAGACAACAGGGAUGCUGGCGCCCUUUCGGGUGGAACAAAUCAAGCUUAG